CUGGCACAACAGUAUUUGCAUUGUUAUUGUGUUGUUCUUUUCACUUUCGUAGCGCACUUUGCUCACAAUUUUCGUAAUAUUUAACUAAUUUACAUUAAUUAUGGUGCAUGGUGCAGACGCAAUGUAGGAUUGUGUAAGUUUCAAGUGCAGCAGCAGCGAAAAUGAAGUCAAGUUGCAGCGGCAGCGGCAGCAACAGAUAAUAAUAGUGUCGUGGUAGCGGCGCGGGGAAGAAGGAGAAGAAGCUGCAAACCGGAUAAGAAGCAAACCAGCUCAGUGAAGGACAGAUUUGCGGUUCAUUGCACUGCGAGAUGCGUUUGCUGCAGCUGUUGUUGUUGUGGGUGCUGUGCAGCCAUGCAACAGGCGCCAAUGUCCUGGCUGUGUUGCCCAGUGUCUGGAAAUCGCAUUAUCUCUACGGACGUCGCCUGCUGCAGCAGCUGGUGGCUGGACCACAGAAUCACUCGGUUACACUAAUCAGUCCACAUGCCGCAGCCGAGGCCGAGGCGGGGUCAAUGCUGUACAACAUCCGUGAGAUACGCAUUGAGGAUCAGGAUCUCAACCAGAACUGGCUGGACAUGGGCAUGAGCUUUGAGGCGGAGCAGAUGCAUGCCCAGAGCGUCAUGGAGCGCUUCACCCGAAUGAUCUAUGCAGGCACCACGAAUGUGGAUCUUCUACUCUCCGAUGCUCAAGUGCAAAAGCUUCUCACAAGUGGCGAGAAAUUUGAUUUACUAAUUGUGGAUUUGUUUCUAAGUGAAGCACUUCUAGGAUUUGCCUAUUACUAUGGCGUACCCACUGUUGCAAUCAGUCCCACCGGCGCCAAUUCCUGGCUCAAUAAUAUGUUUGGUAAUCCCCAAUCAUCAUCUUUGGAUCCGAGUAACUUUCUACCCUUCACGGAGCGCAUGAAUACUCGUCAACGCAUUGCCAAUACGCUGAUGAGCACCUUCGAGCGUUUGACCUACAACUUUUUCCACCUGAUCUCACAACAGUCUGUAUAUUCCAAUCAUUUUGAGCUACUCGUACAUGAGCUGCCAAAUUACCGCGAUCUGAGCAAAAAUCUCAGCCUGGCUCUGAUUAAUUCGCAUCCGGCUUUGGAUUAUCCUCGUGCCUAUUUGCCAAACAUGCUAGAGGUAGGCGGACUGCAUUUGCUGGAGCCAACGGAUCUACAAGUGCCAAAUCAUGUUCGUUCCUUCAUUGAGUCUGCGCCAGGAGGCGUCAUAUACAUGAGUCUGGGUGCCGAAGUGCAAACAGCUCAGCUGCCGAACGAAAAAUUAGCCAUUUUACUGGAUGUUUUUGCGCAUCUUAAAGAGUUUAAUUUUCUGCUCAAGUGGGAAACGGAUGAGUUUGUGCAGACGUUGCCAGACAACAUAAUGAUCAAUAGCUGGUGGCCACAACAGGCUAUCUUGGCUCAUCAGCAGGUGAAGGUAUUCAUCAGCAGUUGUGGUCAGCUGAGCGUUUGGGAAUCGAUUGCGGGUGAUACGCCCAUACUUGCCAUACCCAUUCUGGCCGAGCAGGAGGUGUUGGCCAAACGGUUGCAGCUGAAAGGAGCAGCGCUGACCGUUGGUUACGAUGACAUUGCCUAUGAUGCACUGCUUCAUGGCAUACGGCAGCUCACGCUAAAUGUCAGCUAUGCUCAACAUUUGUCCAAAUUGAAGGCGCGUUUAAACAUCGUCAACUCUGAAGCAUCGGCCAAAGCACUUAGCCACAUUGAGUUGAUAUUGGAAACUGGUGGAGCGGACUUUUUAAAAUCGCACGCCAACACUCUCAACUUUUGGCGGACGGAGGGUUUAGAUGUCCUUGUGAUCAUUGUGUUGGGCAUUUGCGGAAUUUUGACAGUGCCUUUUGUGGCAACUUGUUGCAUACUGCGCAGGUCAUAUUAUAACCAGGCGGCACAGGAUCAUCAGCAGCCCUAUCGCACGACCCUCAAGGCUGUGGGUCGUGUGCACAGCUAUGGAGAUCCCAGCAGUUGCACAAGUGGCGGAGCAUCGGAGCCAUUGAGAAGAACGCGUUCGGCACAGUCGCUAUCGGCGCGUUCAAGCUGCUCCAGUUUUAGCUCAACGCCGCCAACGACACCGUCAACUACAUCGACAACUCCACUCGACCUGACACCUCCGCCACCGUCUGCUACAUUGUCGCCGUUGCAGCUCUAUGUUAAUCAAGGGGUUUAUUCAACACAGGGUAAAUCACGCGAGGAUAAGACGGAACCUGCUUUUUUAUAGCCAUGUCGAUAGUUAUUCGCCUGGCAGAACGAUAUAUCUCUAGACUUCACAUCUUUUAAACUACAAAACGUAUAUCUAUAUAAGAUAUGUAUAUCUCUAAUAUCUAGGAUUUUAAGCGUGCUUUAUGCAUCUGUGUUGGUCAGUGGUCCCUAAAAGUGUUUUUAUGUUAUUUUAUACGUACGAUUAGAUUAUAUGUUUAGAUUGUAGCCGUGAUACAAAUUCAUAAAUGAUAUUGUAUGUUGUUAAGGUAUUGAUUGUAAUACAUUAUUAUCCGAUUUACAUAAAAGCAUUUCAAAAUAAACGUUGCAAUUGUUA